GAAAAUAAUCCCUGGAGAACAAGGAAUUGCAAAAUUUUUUCAUCUGAGAACUCCAGCGCGGUAACAUUCAAACCACCAUUGUCAACGAUCCCCCCACGCCUUCCAGCGAAUAUUCCCGAGUGAGAUAGCUAAAGCCCCGACAAAGACAGGGCGAUUGAGUAAGGGAGGUAGGGAAAAUAAGUGAAGUGUGUGCAGGGACGCCCGGGUGUCUCUAAACUGAUCACAAGCUCCAAGAAAAAAAAACCUCAUCGAAUCCUCCCAAAACCUCACCAAUUUGUUUACGAAAUUUCCCUCAAAUCACUUCGAAAAUUAGGGAAAUUCGGACAAAUCCGCGAAUCACUGAAUAUUUUUCAGUAAAAAAAUACUUUUCGGUUCUGCUCUCGUGUUCUGUGUCUGUGUUCCUCGGACCUCCAUUGUCGAAAUCCGGCGAGAGAGAAUUUAUUUCGCGGAAAAUAAAAAUACAAUAAAAACGGAUCAUCUAACGUCUUGAGUAUUCACACAAUUUGGAAAACAACCGAUUGUUUUGACGGGUGAUAAUUAAUUUUGAGCAGUGUUUCGGCUGUAGUUUAUGACUAAAGUGACUCCCGGUGACGCUUUUUUUGUCUGAGGAUCGUCAACACGGCGUGCAGAGACAGAUAAAGGUAACAUGAGUUCUGGAGCUGGAUCGAGUGGGACAGGUCGGGGUAGGGGAUCGUCUCUUGCUGACAACAAACCGGAUAACAAAGAAGCUAAACCCAAUCCUAAGAUGUCAAAGGCUUUGGGAACGUCGGCCAAGAGAAUACAAAAGGAACUAGCAGAGAUCACCCUGGACCCACCGCCAAACUGUAGUGCAGGUCCGAAAGGAGAUAAUUUAUACGAGUGGGUGUCAACGAUCUUGGGACCACCAGGAUCAGUCUACGAGGGUGGUGUCUUCUUUCUGGAUAUCCAUUUCUCAGCUGAAUAUCCCUUCAAGCCACCAAAAGUUACAUUCCGUACACGUAUUUACCAUUGCAACAUAAACAGCCAGGGUGUCAUAUGCCUCGACAUCCUCAAAGACAAUUGGUCGCCAGCGCUGACUAUUUCCAAGGUGCUGCUCUCCAUCUGUUCACUACUCACAGACUGCAAUCCAGCUGACCCCUUGGUUGGCAGUAUAGCAACUCAAUACCUCCAGAAUCGCGAGGAACACGACAGAAUUGCCCGACUCUGGACCAAAAGAUACGCAACAUGAGCAUCCACCACAAAUAUCAUCCCCCCAGCCCACGCCUAUCAGCCAUACGCCAAUAAAUUCAUCAAUCAUUACAUCAAAGACGUAAAAAGAAAAAAUUAUGGAGAAAUAAUGAUGCAUGUGUUUGCUGAGAGCAUUAAAAAACAUGCAAAACACGUUCCUAGUGGCCAAAGAAGGGCCUCUUCAACUCUAAACAAAACCUCAACCAACAAUUUUAACAAAUUAUUAUGCUGAAAUGGUUAAUAAUUAAGAUUUAAGAUAGGGGAUGCCAGCAGCUAUACAAAGAGGCGUGUGAGAUUGUGAUGUGCUCUUUAUUUUUUUUUACCUACUUUAUUUUUGAGUGAAUGAAAGAUUGAAUGAAUUUUAUGGAAUUAAAGUCACGGUUAUGAGAGAAAAAAAUAUAUAAUUAGCAUCUUUUUAAUCAUUCAGGAAUCUAUUGAAUUUUUUUUACAGCUUUUUACUUAAAUUUUGGAAAACUCAAGGAAUUGCAGUAAAAGUUUUUUAUUUGCCACUUUAUCUUCAAAUUAAUUAAUCAAACAGUUGUGUAAAAUUAAGGACGAGGUCUUAGUAUUUAAUAAAUGAAGAAAGAAAACGAAUUAAUUUUGUAGAUGUGAGUAUUGAGAGAAAAGGAAAAUUAAUGAUUUUUAAUUACAGAAUUAAAUUGUAAGUAAGUAGUUGUUAAGACUGUGACAUUUUACUUUCAGUUUUCCCAGGCAUUUCUUCAGAACUGUAAAUCGAUCCCAAAUCACUCACCAACAUUGUCAUUACAAUUUUGUAAAUAACUGAUUUAACUUCUGUACAUUAUUUUUUUUAUUCUAUCAAAAAAAAACAAAAUUUUCGGUUUAAUGAGAAAUACGGUGAAUUCAUUUGAUCUGUAGUGUAGUUUUUAAGUUUCACAGUGGAAAAAUUGAGUGAACAAUGUGAUUAUUUGGUAGCAUAAUUUUUGUAUUCAUGAUUUUCAUUAAUUUUACGUAAAAACUGAGACUUCCAGAUAAAAACAAAAGAAACUGAAUAAUUAAAACAAUAAUUUAGUGCAUUUUUUCUCCUGCGUUUUAAUGAAGGAUGAGGCCACUUUGUAAAUAAUUUACUCUGAUAUGCAUGGAUAUUUGCUUAACGAGAUGACAAAUAAGGAUAGAUAAAAAUGAGGAAGGAAUUUAUAACUCAAAUGCAGCGAUUCAUGGUUGUUUAUGAAAAUCAUGAAAGCUGGAGAUUCAUACGAAUCAUUUUGCAAAUAUCUUUAGGUGAAUAACAGAAAACAUUUUUUUCAGAAAACAAAUUCUAUAGAGAGAGUUAUUGACAUUUUGUACUGGAGUCGAUAAUUGCCGAGAUAAUUGAAGGUUUAACGAGAAGACGUCAAUGUGACGAUGAGUUCUGUUAUUAAUGCAGCAGAAAUUUCGAUAAAAAAUCAUUCUAGGAGACAAUGUCAAGAGAAUUUUAUUAUCAGUAGUGAAGUAUCAUGACAUUCACUCGUUAAACUGAAUAUUGUCGAGAUAUUCACUCAGUCAACACACUGAGAUUGGAUUUGUCUACUUCAACCAUUUCAUUAAUUAAUUAAUAAUUAUGGAAAAAUAAAUAGUCAGCUUUUGAGCGCCUUGUACAGAUCCUGAGAGCCUUAGAGCAGAGGUAAAUGUUAACAAUCGCUUUUAUGAAUACAAUGAAUAAAUAAACAGAGGAAAUAAUGAUUAAUUAAUAAAUUGAUUGAUUGAUUAAGGGUAAAUUUGUGUCGGUCUUGUAAAUUUUUGCGAAGUGGAUGAAUCCACGUAAUUCUAUUCGGUGUUCCAGUUUAGCCCGCGUGUGUAAGUCUAUCGAAUGAUUGAGUAAAUUGAUAAUACAAAAAUUGGGGUGCAGCGAUAUCUGGUUUGAUUAAUGGUAAAUAAAAAUAAAUAAAUGUUAGUGCGCUAGUUAUUGACAUCGGUAUAAAGAUGAAAUAAAGAUAACUUGUACAAUAA